CUCCCGCGCAUUUUCUCCCCCUUCACUCCUACUUUAGCUCUUCUCGUGCAGUUCCAAAGAGGACUCCCUGGUUUAGCGGCGUCAUUUGAAACAUGACGAGCAGCUGCAUUACCUGCAACUGAAGCAUUUACAGUAUAUUGGCCAUCCUUCCUUGGUGGGUCCUGACCUUUCUGCUCUUGCGGAGGGAGACCUGUCUGUUACAGACCAGUAAGAGAGCCCAAGGAGCUUUAGAGAGGGGAAAAAAGUCCUCAGUGGAUAUCAACAACACAGACAGUGGUGGAUUCCAAAAAUAUAUCCAUCCCAAAGGUAACAGAAGUUCCCCUCCACUAUCUGGGUUGCAUUUGAGACUUGGUCCACAGGAUCUUCAUCCCCAGCACAGCCAUGGAUGUUGGGAGAGGUUUGGAGCUCCAAAAGAUGAACGGGCAACAUAGCAGGGACCUUGGUCCAGAUAAGCUCAAUUUAGAAGAUGGGUUUGACGGGCUGGAGUUCAUGGCAGAGCGAGAUGAGUUCCUGCCAGGGAAGAGCCCAGGAAUAAAGGCACCUCAGUUCACUGAUUUUGAGGGGAAGACGUCAUUUGGAAUGUCCAUCUUUAAUCUCAGCAAUGCCAUCAUGGGCAGUGGAAUUCUGGGACUAGCAUACGCCAUGUCAAACACCGGAAUCGUCCUCUUCCUUAUCCUGUUGCUAUGCAUCGCCAUUUUGUCUGCCUAUUCCAUCCACCUCCUCCUGAGAAGUGCAGGAGUUGUAGGCAUCCGCGCCUAUGAGCAGCUAGGGCACCGUGCUUUUGGACAACCAGGCAAAGUGUUGGCUGGCUCCAUCAUCACCAUGCACAACAUUGGAGCGAUGUCCAGCUACCUGUUCAUUGUGAAGUCAGAGCUCCCGUUGGUCAUGCAGGCCUUUCUGGGCCUGAAGGACAAUACUGGAGAGUGGUACUUGGAUGGGAAGUACCUGAUCAUCAUCGUAAGCGUCAUCAUCGUCUUUCCACUCUCACUCAUGCGACAUCUUGGUUACCUUGGUUACACCAGUGGCUUCUCUCUCUCCUGUAUGGUUUUCUUCCUCAUCUCUGUGAUCUAUAAGAAGUUCAACAUCCCGUGUCCACUGGAGAAGAUAACCAGUCAAGAUAACCACUUAGUGUCCGUCCUGGGGGAGAGUCAUGAUAACCACUCAUUUGUCUCCUCUGAUGUGGACUUCUGUGAAGCACAGUCCUUCACCAUCAACAUGAAGACAGCAUAUACCAUCCCCAUCCUGGCUUUCGCUUUUGUCUGCCAUCCUGAGGUGCUUCCCAUCUACACAGAGUUACGAGACGCCACCAAGAAACGCAUGCAGACGGUUGCCAACAUCUCCAUUCUGGCCAUGUUCGUCAUGUACGGGCUGACCGCCAUCUUCGGUUACCUCACCUUCUUUGGUGGAGUAGAUUCCGAGCUCCUUCAUACAUACAUUAAAGUGGACCCAUUGGACACACUGAUCCUGUGUGUGCGUAUGGCUGUCCUGGUUGCUGUUACCCUUACUGUUCCUGUGGUACUCUUUCCGAUCCGCAGGGCCCUGCUGCAGCUGCUGUUCCCAGAGAAGCCCUUCCACUGGGCUCACCACAUCUCCAUCGCCGUGUGUCUCCUCGUCAUCGUCAACCUAUUGGUCAUCUUCGUGCCCACCAUUCGAGACAUCUUCGGCAUCAUUGGAGCGACCUCUGCACCCAGCCUGAUCUUCAUCCUCCCGGGAAUCUUCUACAUCAGGAUUGUUCCUGAAGAAACAGAGCCUUUAAAAUCCAUACCAAAGAUUAUGGCCGCCUGUUUUGCAGCGUUAGGCUUCGUCUUCAUGGUGAUGAGUACGUCAUUCAUCAUCCUUGACUGGGUGUCCGGAGAGUCUCGGAGCGGAGGCGGGCACUAGCAACAGACCAUAAUAAACAGUAAUACCAGCAAAAUGCCAACCAAAUCUAUCCCAAACAUCAAAUUCCUCCACGAUGUGCACAUUAUUUAACCAUAGCCAAAUGAGAGGGCCUUGGCUGGACAUGGAAAAGAAUAUAUCAUUAAAAUUCCCCCACAAGAUGGCAUUAUGUGGUGGUAGGUCUUGUACGGGGUGGGAAACAGAACCAGCAACUCAAAAGCAGCAGCUCUGAGGUGACAAACAUUGUGGUUUGCUUUCAGUAUGUUGUUUUGAGGCACUAAUAAAGUUGUCGCAGAGACAACAGGUUCUGAGGGUAAUGAUAGCAUAUGUUCGUAUACCAAUGAAUGGCUUCAUCAUUUACCUCCCUUGAAUUUUCAAUGAGAUAUUUUUUACACAUAAAGAAAUGAAAUGGAUCUAUUGUUAUUUUUAUCUUUAUGGGAAGUUUUUUAUUUUCAAACAAGAUUGUACAGUAUGUUAUGUAAUUUUCUCUAUGAUUGUCAUUUAUAAAUCAAGGAAUUUGUGUUAUUUUUAAUCAAAUCCAGAAUUUGUACAGUGUUUUUGCCCUAUGCCCAUACAUAUUACUAGAUGUAUUGACUCUAUAGAGUAUCCCUAAGGUUUGAUCAUUCCUGUCAGUUUUUUUUUCCAUGGUACCAAGCUCAUGUUAGCAUAACACAGUCAGACAUUUUCCUAUAAGUGCAGCUAUCAGCCGUGAUAAUGACAGAAGGGAUGACCCUCCCAAUUCCUCAUGACUGAUUGGUUUAAAAACAUUUAUGUGAACUUUAUAUUAUAUCCAGCAACUUUAAAUGGAUAUUUCAAACUUUUAUAUUGUUUUGUUUUUUUAUCUGUCAUGUGGUACAUACCAAACAAAUAUAUGAAAUGUAGUCUAGUCAACAUUGAAUGCAAAUGAUUAGGGGCAGAGAGGGCUGUUGGUGUGAUUGUACAAACAAAUGUCCACUCAACACAAACUCAAUACUGACCUCCGUGUCGCUAGUCAGUCAGAGAGCAGAAGUAGUAUGAUGUCAUCUGCUAUCGUUGGACUUUGCUUUUCUGAGUAAGUCUGAGAAAUUCCUGAAUAGGGGAGGCCUGUAUAAAGAUGUUGAUCAAUUGAUCUUUUUAAGAGAGCAUGGAGACUGUCUAUAUUUGGUCUUUUAAAAAUGGAGUUAUUCGGCCAAUAAAGUUUCAUGUAAUGAAAUCUUUUGAA